CGACCGUGCGUUUUCAGACGGAAAUGUCCGGGCUCGUUUUCUUCGCAAUUCUGAUGCUCCACGGUAGCAGCAUUUCAACGGCGAAGCCGCUCGAUGCCGAAGACGUGGCGAGUUUGCUGCCGCCGACACCUCGAGACAAGAACGAAACGAUCGCCGCGGUCGUUCAGGAUCCAGUUAUUCAGGAUGCUGUACACCAAACCGCCAGCAAUAGCUCGCUGAAUGGUCUCGUCGUUAAAAGGAAGGUUUACAUUCUACCAGCUAAUGAUCCAAACAAGAUCAUCUCGGCACGCGAACACAUUCUGGUGGUGCCGACCGAGAAUCUGGAGGACGUGCGAAAGAACAUCACGGAAACGAAGCAGGCGGAAGCUGCGUUGAUCGAGUCCUCCUCGGUGGACAAUCGAUUGCUGGCCGAAGGCGAGCAGGCGGAUGACUACGUGCCGCAGGGUGACUCAACCCCCGGCUUCCGGGAAAACGACGGCGCGCUGGGCCAGAACGCGUUCGCGGAUGCGGGAAUCGAGCAGAUACCGGUGAACGGUGAUCGUAAAAUCGAGUCCGAGUUCCUGGAACAGAAGCUGAGCCAACGUGCACCGUUGCCGGAAGAAGACUCGAGGAAGGUGGCGGUCCCCAUAGUGGCGGUCAUCGACCCUUCCAGCGUCAACAAUGGCAAAGUGGACACUCCCAUAGUGGCGAUUCUGCCGAACCAGCUGUCCGGCAACACCGUCGACAAGCAGGUCCAAUUUUUGAAGGACAACAGCGACAAGAUCCAGGAGAAAACGCAGAACUACAUCGAUCGGUCCUCCUUGACCGUUAAUCCCGAUUACUGGAAGACGUCGACGCUCGGGUCGGAGAUCGCGAUCGUGCCGUCGACGCAGGAAACGAUGCCGGUGUCGCUGUUGCCGGACGGAUCCUCGAAUCUGUUGAACGAGGAGCUGUUCCUGGCGCCUGUCGCGGUGCCAAGAUGGGGCAUCGUCGCGCCGUUAUUCCCGGAUCACGAUGAAUAUCCGAGGGCGGCCGGCGACAUGGACGUCGCCGAGGACAUCAUCUUCAGACCCCUCUUCCGGUAUCGGCAGGAGUCGCAGGCCAGGUCUAGGUACCGCGACGAGUACAGCAAUCGAAGAUACUACGAUUACCCGAGACGUAGUUAUUACAGAUCUCAGUACGACGAUUAUUAGAAUUUGUUUAUGAAAAUAUUACAUAUAUUGUUAU